AUGGCCGGGCCUCUUGGCUACGCCCUCUUAAGUACGAUUCUCCAGGUUUCAUGGGGGUACGCGGCACUUGAGGCUUCGAAAGCGGCACUAUCGAGUCUUGACCACAUGGCAAAUAUGGUUGGGAGUCAUCUUUGUGUGUUAUAUCCCAGCGUCAAAGGCUGGGAAGGCACAGAGGCGAGGACGCGUUGGGCAGGUCGUGAUGCAACCGGGAACCCGCCCUGGAUUAGAGAGAUCAGAGCAUCGUUUUUUAACACCUGCGUCUCAUACAGGCACAACUCUGGGCUGUUUCCUUUUCCCCGUGAUCCAGAGUGGGCAAGCUACUUUCGAUACAUUACGGACAGGCACAGGUUUCAUACCGACCGAAGAGGGGAUGCCCGAUCAGAACCCCCCCUCCUCCUCCAGGCUUCACCGCAAGGUCAGCUUCAUCACAUUCGCACCACCCUCCAAUACCAUCUCCAAAGGACGCACAAUAUCUUGCUACGCACUGGCUUCCUGUCUGGGAGGAGACACUCAGUCCUCCGUAAGAGACGGAGCCUCUGGACGAAGACCCGGAACCGGUCUACCACCCAGGAGCCACCCUCCUUCCCAGUGUACAUUGAGAUUCUGAAGAAGAAAGUGAAUCCAGAGGUGCAUGCAGUGGAAAUAGUCCUAGACACACCGCAUGGCAUGCCAGGUGAAUGGCCAUCCCUGCACACCCCCUCACGUAAUAGGAGACGCACCCCUCCACCCCCUAUCCCAGUCUCGCCUGGCACUGUCAAAGUGAGAAUAACCGGUCCAAAGCUGACAUCAACAUCCGACUACACCAUCGCACUUCCUGAGACCCCUCCAGGUCGUGGCUGUCCUCCUCCACCUGACCGUCAGCCCACAUAG